AUGCUGGAGUCGACCUGCAGGGCCUUCUUCGACCUGCAAGGUGUCCAGCUCCGUCCCGCCCAGGAUGCUGUCAUGACGACCCAUGAGGCUCGAGUGGUGGAGAGCGCAUCGGAACGGUCCGGAAAUACCAUGGAGCCGGCGGCACAGAACAGAUCCGAAGCGGUAGAGGGACAGAGAGACGUACCUGCCGCAAACCGGGACGCAAAUCCAAGAGUAGGGGAAAUUUCAUAUUCCCGACGACCUGCACCGGGUGCACUACUGAGUGGCCCGACAUCAAGGUCAGCCCGUGCGGACGAGCGUGUUAGGUCUGAAGUUAGGCAGCUCAGGUUUGCUGAUCAGGUUAGGAGGCCGCCAGAACGCGAAGCACGGACGGAGACCGACUUGGCAAGUGAAGCAGAUGAAGGCGAGGAGGGUGUAGAAGAUCCACAGUUGCCAAGUCAGGUCGAACAGGCAGAGGAGCAGUGGAGGAAGGCGGCUGAUGAUAAGCGGAUGGCUGAAGCAGAAGCCAAGAGGAGACGGGCUGAAGAGAGGCAACGGCGCUGUGAUGGCGACACCGAUCCUACCGUCUCUUUCCCAGGAACUGGAGACAUACGUGAAGCAUGGGAGCGUGGGGCACGAGCCGCUGCAAGGGCACACGUGGGAGAGGCAGGAGAGGAGCUCGCCAGCAAUGUGCGGCAGCAUAUCGAGGAGGAUAGGGGAUACGUGAAAGUUCGCUUGCCCAGCGUAAAGCGGAAGGCAGCUGAAGAGGCCCGGAGAGGGGACGUCGACAUGGCGGAGGUAGAGGCGCACCAGAAUGCAGAGGAUGCGGCCCAUCGGUUCGUCGAUGCAGAGGCGGCACUUACGGUAGAGGACGGGGCACCAAAGGAAGCAGAGGCUGCGGCGCAGCAGAAGGUGGGUGCAGAGGCGGUCAAGAGUGCGGAGGCAGUCGCGCAUAAAGAAGCGGGUGCAGCAGCAGAGCUGACGUUGGAGGUAGUCGAGCUGCAGGUGGUGGAGGCAGUGGCGCAGAAGGAAUCAGAGGCAAUGGCGAUCCAGAAGGAUGAGGCAGCGGCGCAGUAG